AUGGAGACGCGGCCUAGCGAGGAGGCGAGGCCUGCGAGGCGGGCGCGCGGUUCUCCCCCUCCGCCCGGCUCGAGCGAGUCCCCGCUGGAGGAGUCCUUGGUGUUCGCGGGCUCGAGCGAGCAGGACGUGGUGCUGGCCAAGACCUUCUGGGACUCGGUGACCCUCCAGCCGCCCCUCGAGUCCUGCCUGGCGGCCCGGAGGGGGUCCCUCUUCAACGAGGCCGGGCCCGGGCAGGGACAAGACUCCGUCGCCGGGUCCAGGAGGGCCUCCAACGCCGGCAAACAUGACAUUUCUGCCCAUCCCUCCUUCAACAAAAGAGAAGAAGAGAGAAAACAGAGCGCAUUCCAAGCUGAGAAGAAUGCCAUGAAAGAGCAGUACCUGAAGAAGACGAAAAAGAGGGAGGAGAUCAUUGCCUUGCUGAAAAAGCAACGGGAAGAAAGGAUCGCGCAAGGAGCAGACCACAGCCUCAGACCUGGAGGAUCAAGAGAGAGUGAAGGCCUUAAACUGAGACCUUUAGGGCAGCUGGAGCAAUUUCCAAAGAGACGUCUUAGUCCCUUCAGGAAUAACCCUCUCUUUUUUGUUUUGUUUUGUUUUUUCCCAUUGUCUUCUACUCUGUACUCUUUGGGUGAUGAGUUUCCAGGUUUGGAAUUUUUUUCUUGAAUAUUUAGAUGUUUCUGUUUGUUAAAAAAAACUGAGUGUUUGGAAACUGAGUGGCUGGAAAAGGUCUUAGCCUGGCAUGCCAAAAUAAGAUAUGGUAAGAAAAGGCAAUAAAUAGGUCCUGAAACA